AAAAGGCGAUUUAACGCCUGUAUUGUCACGCAACCUGAGUAUAUAUAUAUAGCCGCUCUUCUGUGACAGCUGCCAGUCCCGUCUCUCCUGUCGCUGCCGAGAUCUUUACAAAAUGAAGGCCGUUGCUUUGCUGUGUCUCGCUGCCACUUUGGCUGUCAGUGCUGCCUUACCUGCAGCUGCGCCAGCUGCCCCGAUGGUCCCCUCUCCUGCCAUGAUCGAGGCCUUCAUCCCGACGCCCGAGGAGAUCCAGGCCCUCAACGCCCUCCACACCACGCCCGCCCCCGGGGUCGUGCCCACUCCAGGGGCCGCCCCCGUCGGACCUCCAACCAUGCCUCCUGCAGUAGCAAGUCUGAUCGCCAAGUACAAGGCCGCAGUCGCAGCCUUCAUCCCUUCCACUGCAGCGCCUGUCUGAGCUGAUGCCUUCUCCGUGCGAGUGUCGAUCAGGCAAUAUACAAGUCACUUUCGCUUUUGUGAAUGGGUGGCAGAAGAAAAUCAGUGUUAUACUCUACGUCACUGUAAUCAAUUUCUUCAGCAAACUUUUAAUUGUGAAUCUGGAAGUAAAUUAAGAACGAGAACAUUUUUUGUAUUUAUAUAACUACCAUGCUAAUAAACAACGAUGUAGAAAACUCCCCAAAUUACGUUUAAACAAAUCAUCCUGUUGUAAUGACCAUCACAAAGCUCAGAUGCACAAACAGUCACCACAUACCACUUAUGAAAAUAGACUGACAUCCAUUUAUUUCACAAA